AAGCAUCGUGUCGUGGUCGUCGCGAUGAAAAUUAUCGGAUCCAUCAAACCUGCGACGACAGAGACGACUGACUGCGACCGGCGCUGAGGCAUUCUAUGCUGGUGUAGGUUAGCCAAGGCAAGGCCCGUACAAUGGAAAAUCGUUCGACUUUGCUAUGCGGUCUGUCGCGAUUCGUGCGAAGGACGCCAUUGUCAGUGAUUUCGGUCGGAUGAAUACUGGUUCGAGCGAUUUUCCGUCUGGAAACCUUGCGGAAGUCGGACAGUUUCCAUUUUACAAGUCGUCCCGCGUGAAGUGCACGAUGCAUAAGUUGAAAUUCAAAAGUACUGACCUGAUCCGGCUUGUGGAGCAGCGACCCAUGUUAUGGGACCGGACGUGCGUUCAAUACGUGAAUAAGAUUUCAAAGGACGAAGCCUGGAACGAGAUUUACAAUCAGUUGUAUCCGAGUUUUAGCUCGUUUUCGCGGCAAGAGCAGCAAAUCCUAGGUGCGGCAAUUACAGCUAAGUGGCGAAAUCUACGUGAUGCAUUUAUCCGUUCGAUAAAACGAAAACAAUCGGCAGAACAAAAUUAUGAAGUUGCAAAAAAUUAUAUUUAUUAUGAUCACCUGAAAUUCUUAUUGCAUCGAAAAAAAUAUAAGCGUGAUCAUACCGUGACGCAAUCUAACAUCGAUUAUGUGGAGAAUGUAUCCCAAGAAAGUAUGCAUAAUGAAAUUUCGCCCAUGGCGAUGAUUGAACCUUUCGAAGGGGUGCAACCAUCAUCAAAUACGUCACAUCAUCAAACUUUGGAAUCCGCGACCUCAAACGACGAACUGGAUCCAUGUCAUAUGGAGGAGGCACAAGCUCAACAUCAGCAAGAAGAGCAAAUAUCACACCCGUAUAUUGAACCUCAGCAGGAGUUGUAUCAAUUGCCUGAUGAGGAUACGGCCUUUUUCGCUUCAAUCACUCCAUCUGUUCGAAAUAUGACGGAGGAUGAGAAGCUAGAGUUUCGUAUAGGAGCGUUGGAAUUAAUUCGCAAAAUUAAACAAACCCGAAAAAUAGAACAAUUGACACGCUUGCAGGCUAGCCGAAUUCAUCCAGGAUAUGUGCACAAUGGAUUGCACGAUCAUAAUGGGUCUGUUAAGCAGGAAAUUGAUUAAGGAUGAGUUACGUGUUUUAUCAUUAGUGUAAGUUGGUAGAAAGUUUGGGUGGUAAACUGUGUAAAUAUUUAGGCCACUUGAACAAUGUAAUUCAAUCAUUUGUGAUUGUUGAAAGAACUUUUGGAUUAUGUGUUUUAAGGCACUUUAGUUUGUUUUUAUCAAAUACGAUGCUUUUAAAUAAAACUUACCAGAUUGGAUGUAUUUAAGUUUUGAACAAAUAGACUCUGAUGGAAAUAUAAAAUGAUUGAAUGCCAAACAAAGCAGAUGCUUAUUUCUUUCCAAAUAUUUACGAAACAUAUAAUAGGGGUUAGUAUUAUGCAUUAUACUGAUAAGUUACUUC